GGUUAAAAACUGUCAAUGAUCCCAAUUGGUCAAAACGCCCCAGAAGCCAUCAUGGCCAAUGCGAGCCUGACUUCGCUGCAGUCUCCAGCGCAGCUCAGUCCACCGCCUCUAGCAUCGAAACGCACAGUGACGGGGCUGCGGACAGAAUUCAUAAUGUUUUAUAUUUGGACAAUCUCCAGCCCGAUAGGCGUUGCCUGAUAGUCUACUAUAAGAAGAGUAGAUACGCGGAUUGUCCCCCCUUCAGCAGCUGUUGUGAGAUGUUCUGCGUUUGCCAUGGCACGAGGUCUGUUUCCAUGGGGGUUCUUCAGAAAGCCUCUGUACGUCCAGGUAAGCUUCUGGGAAAUCCCUCUACUCUCUGAUGUAAGGUCCAACUGGGAAUUUACGCCGGCUCGUGUGUGUAGCCUAUAUCUACCAGUAACAUCCAAGCGUGUGCAGAUAUGCAUUAUUAACCACGGACGAUGCAGCUGGUAUCACAGCCUAUAGUCGAUUAUCUGAGCUCAGUAUUGCAUAUGGGAUUGUUGUGAAUUUGCAGGUAUUACUCUAUGUGUUUUUUACUCUGAAUCAUAGUCACUUGAUGCUCGACAGCUCAACCGUCCUCCUGAUCCCCGUUGCUGUGGCAACCACGUCCAUGAUAGGCUACAUCUGAGGGUUACAGCUGAUAAAUUCUAAGAGGCUGUUUCUCAGGCUGCAAAAGUUUAUCAUCGCCUUGCACUACACAAGGCAUUUACUGUUAACAUAGCUCGUGUAUUGCAGUUAUUAUUAUUAAUAAUCACCAUAUUAUAUUUCACUUACAUGCACCCCACUUAAAGAAAUACCUCGUCCACUUGCAGCUUCAUCUUUCUUCACAGUAUAAGAUUACUAAACGUCCAGUUUCAUGUAAGUUUCUCAGAAAUAAAAAAUCUGUCUUUGGUAAUUCAGACAUUCAAUAUAUUUCUGUAUCUGAUGUGAUGCUGCCCUGGUCAUGCUCAUGUGGGAAGCUGUUGAAGAACAUUAUGUAACAGUUGGCUGUGACUGAAAUUAGGUGAAGUCCACAGUGGCCUUCCUCAUAAGUAAAAUUAAACUCUGCAAGGGAAGCCCUUCAAGGACACACUGAAGUCUCAGGAAGCCAAAUGGAGGAUUCACAAUGUCAAAUCCCCUCUUGGAGAGUGAGGGACACGAGAUCUGGCCCUACAUUGCUCUAAUCUUACCAAAUGUUUUGGUAAUUGUUCCCUGGCAUUCAGCCACCACAGAGUUUGCUUCACUAAUUGUGGUUGAACAUAUUCUCAUCUCUGCUGCUCUGAGCGUCCUGUGUGUGUGUGUGUGUGUGUGUGUGUGUGUGUGUGUGUGUGUGUGUCCUUCCAUGUCAGAGAGAAAAAAAACUGUCAAGUUCAGUGACUGGAGGGAGAAACGGCCUGUCUCAGGGGACAGCCACCAGCAUCGCUCUGUUUUUCUAGGCCACCUCAGCCUCCCAGUGACAGCUUAAGAAGUGUCAUUCAGUGAUCCUUGGAGAGAAGCUAUUUCCACCCCAACAAAAAACUGACAGGUCCUGAGAGGUGCAAACUUCAGUCCUGCCUUAACACAAAGUCUUUUUUUUAAUCUGCAGACUUUGAAAUGUGCAGAUAAAUUCAAAUACAGUUAGGUUUGAUUGUGUUGUAUUUCCACCCAUUCUUUUUUAAUUUCAUACAUAUCAUGUUGGAUUGAGUGGCGGCGUUUCCAUAAGCAGCCGCCCUUCUUCAUGCAGGGAAGAUGCGCUCCAUAAUAGACUUGCUGUUCCCCCUUUUUUCACAGAUUUAUUGAUCUCACUCAUACAGUUUCCACAAUAACUUAAACUUGUGCACAUAGCCAAGAAAAUUAACAAAAAGGAGAGAGAGUGGUCUAAAAAAAGUAUGGCGCCCCCCUUCUAAUUAGCAAUAACCUACACCUGCCCCUCGCUCCUUUUUCUGGGAGUGGGGGCACUUGUUCAAAGUUAGACUUGACUUUGAUUUCAUUCAUCUUUUUUUGGGAUAUAGCACACUAUGAUGAAUAAUAACAGUAAUCAAACAAAAUAAGUGAAAUAGCUACAAUAGAUGUUUUUUUUUUUUUCCUGUUCAAAGGUGACGCUGCAAUGAGAAAUUUUGCAUUUAGAGGUUAUGCCUCUAACCCCUGCUUCAUCCACUGCCUGUUAUCUCAAAAUCAAGUCAAUAAAAGUGUAAAAAUAUCAAUUGACAUAGAGGUGAAUAAAAUAUAUAAAAUCACACCUGCAUUUAACUGUCAACUUCCAGUUUUUCUCACUGUGAUGACCUGACAAAGGCUUUGUGUAGCCAGAAACAGGUCAGUGUGAUUUUAUCUGAACGAGCUUGCAAUUAAGGACUAAUACUUUACAGAAAAGUGCCACAAAUGUAGCCUGGCUGGGUCAUCCUGUUGCGUGAAUCACUUGCCGUUCCUUCCCACAACGGCAAGUGAUUCACGCAACAGGAUGACCCAACCAGGCUACCGCAAAUGUGCCACUGAACUGUUAUUCUCUGUGGUUAAAACAAAAUGGUUUAUACGCUGCAUAAACGUAAUGAUUAUAUAAAGAAAGAGUAGUCAGAAGGAAUGAUUGAAAUGUGUUUGAGCAUAAUGAUGGACACAUUUCCAGGUCAGGACAACUAUGAAGUAUGAUAAUAUGCUGCACUGUACACUCACCGGCCACUUUAUUAGGUACACCAUGCUAGUAACGGGUUGGACCCCCUUUUGCCUUCAGAACUGCCUCAAUUCUUCGUGGCAUAGAUUCAACAAGGUGCUGGAAGCAUUCCUCAGAGAGCUUGGUCCAUAUCGACAUGAUGGCAUCACACAGUUGCCGCAGAUUUGUCGGCUGCACAUCCAUGAUGCGAAUCUCCCGUUCCACCACAUCCCAAAGAUGCUCUAUUGGAUUGAGAUCUGGUGACUGUGGAGGCCAUUUGAGUACAGUGAACUCAUUGUCAUGUUCAAGAAACCAGUCUGAGAUGAUUCCAGCUUUAUGACAUGGCGCAUUAUCCUGCUGAAAGUAGCCAUCAGAAGUUGGGUACAUUGUGGUCAUAAAGGGAUGGACAUGGUCAGCAACAAUACUCAGGUAGGCUGCGGCGUUGCAACGAUGCUCAAUUGGUACCAAGGGGCCCAAAGAGUGCCAAGAAAAUAUUCCCCACACCAUGACACCACCACCACCAGCCUGAACCGUUGAUACAAGGCAGGAUGGAUCCAUGCUUUCAUGUUGUUGACGCCAAAUUCUGACCCUACCAUCCGAAUGUCGCAGCAGAAAUCGAGACUCAUCAGACCAGGCAACGUUUUUCCAAUCUUCUAUUGUCCAAUUUCGAUGAGCUUGUGCAAAUUGUAGCCUCAGUUUCCUGUUCUUAGCUGAAAGGAGUGGCACCCGGUGUGGUCUUCUGCUGCUGUAGCCCAUCUGCCUCAAAGUUCGACGUACUGUGCGUUCAGAGAUGCUCUUCUGCCUACCUUGGUUGUAACGGGUGGUUAUUUGAGUCACUGUUGCCUUUCUAUCAGCUCGAACCAGUCUGGCCAUUCUCCUCUGACCUCUGGCAUCAACAAGGCAUUUCCGCCCACAGAACUGCCGCUCACUGGAUAUUUUUUCUUUUUCGGACCAUUCUCUGUAAACCCUAGAGAUGGUUGUGCGUGAAAAUCCCAGUAGAUCAGCAGUUUCUGAAAUACUCAGACCAGCCCUUCUGGCACCAACAACCAUGCCACGUUCAAAGUCACUCAAAUCACCUUUCUUCCCCAUACUGAUGCUCGGUUUGAACUGCAGGAGAUUGUCUUGACCAUGUCUACAUGCCUAAAUGCACUAAGUUGCCGCCAUGUGAUUGGCUGAUUAGAAAUUAAGUGUUAACGAGCAGUUGGACAGGUGUACCUAAUAAAGUGGCCGGUGAGUGUAUAUCUAAAUGCAUAGCAUCUUUGCCUUGAACCUGUCAUGAGAUGAAAGUACUGCACACAAGUUGACUAAAUAGAACUUUUAUUACAUAUCAGUGGAUUCAAAACUCUGUUUCACAAACUAAGAGAGGAAAGGAGCUUCUGUAUUCAGCUGUAGCAUGAAGUAAGAAAAAGUACAAGCCUGCAAGAGAACUAAUUUGUCUUGCAUAUAUCCAAUUUGAAUGAUUUGAGUGAUGAUAUUAUGAGGUUAAUAUACAAAAUACAUGAAGAACACGAUGUUGCUUAAAGCUGCUGUUGAACCAGCAGGCUGGCUUUUUGUUAGCGAUAAGUCCUUGGGAUAUGUUGCUCAUUACAGCUGUGAUUGGCUGAUGGGAAUGUGGGAGGGGGGUUCCCCUGACAGGAAGCUGCAGUCCUCACAGGAAUAAGAUGUGGCAGCUGUAAUUGUGUGUGUCUUCUGUACUUCAAAAGCACAUACAUGAUGUGAUAUUGUAAGAUGACAGAUCUACAGUUCUUCUGCUGAUAAAAGCUGUUCACAUGUGGUAUUGUCGCAGGAUUGAGUCAGCACGAAAGUGCAUGCUUUGUAUGCAUGUUGGGGGUUGAAGAGGAGGGGUGUGAGUGUGUGUAUGUGGGUGUGUGUGUGUGGGGAGGGGGGUUGCCUGCUGUCUGGACUGUGAUGAGUCAGAUCUUUGUCGUGUCUGUGCAGAGGGUAAAGCUUCCUUUUUUUCAGCACAGUCUGUGACAAGCAGAGAGGCAUGCAGAGCCUCUGCUGGGGCAGAGCUCCUUAACGCGGUCCUUUCCUGUUUCACUGGAUCACUCCUAUUGCAGUGUAAACAGCAGAUGGUGGAUUUAAAAAUGACCAGUUUCAGACGUUAGAAACCAAUGGGUAGCAUCACUGAGACAAUGAGUGAGCAAAAAAUGCCAAGAUCAGGUUUGAUAUAGUCUAUGGUUGCACAUAGAAGCAUCACAGCAAAGUAAUAGCAGCUUUUCCUUUUUUAAUGUGAAUGAUUCAGGGUACAGUGUAAUAUGGCCCCCUCAGUGUCAUUAUCAUAUUAAUGAACUCAUGUAUGGAUUUGUCAUUUCUAGUUUAAUCUAAGGGGAAAUUGUAUCACCAAAGGUUCUGUGUGAUGAUGAAUACUCCACAGUUUGUACAAAUGUCACUCUAACGGUUUGUGGAUUUGUUUUUACAAUAAGGCUGAUUGACACACACACACACACACACACAGAGGUGUAAUUAGCUCUAAAUAUAAGGAACCAUUUAAAUUGAUGCGAACAUCCCUGGUACACAGCAGCAUUGAACCCUUUAUGCUCUGUGAAUAAUGCUUUGUCUUUUGGCUGGAGUGACUGAAUAAGACCCUCACUUUGUGUCCAGCAUGAGCAGUGACAAUUCUCAGGGACUGGGAGGAUCUGAUUGAAGACUUGGACUUAGACUUUAACUUUAUUGACUCCAUGAAGAAAUUGUUUCCACAGCACUGUCUCCACUUUACGAAGUCCACCACCGUAUAACACAGAACAGGACACACAGUGAAACAUAUGAGAGACACACAUCUUGACAACAGCAUUAAAAAAAUUGUGCUCUAAUAAAAGCCUGCUUUAUACCUGGUACCUGGUACUUUUUACCUGGUACCUGAGGCAGUAAAAACUGAUAAAAGGCUCAGCCCAGUGUUUCCCACACAGGACGGUAAUCUAUCUGUGUUGGUGUGUAAUUUGGGGAAACAUACUGAGUCUGAGGUAGCACCAUUUUAAAACCCUCAUUUUUAAGGUGUGGCAGCUUUUAUUUAGUGGUGUGUCACAGCCAAUUACAUGUAGGGGAAACCCUGACCUAGCCUAUAUCUGAUGUUUUGUGGUUAAUGUCAGUCUCACCUUUAUUAUCAUGAUUAGAAACAUUAACAUCAGUCUUGGGUUAACUUGACCUUGGCUGCCAUCAUCAAUGUUAUAUAUAUAUACAUGUAUAUUUUUUUCUUUUGUCUUUAUCCAUCACUUACAACUUCACAUGUUAACUUCUUGUCAAUGUAGUGUAAAAUCGGAACAUUAAAAUGUACAAUGGAGAAUUUUAAACCAACUUAGGCAUAGAUACCAAUAUAUUUUUACAGAAAUCCCAGAAUUGUAAUUUGUCCCAUUGUUUCUUGUCACUUUUGUGGACUAAUCUUGUGUGCAUUCAGCACUGAUUCCAAACUGAAAGGUGCAUCAAGAUUUUAUGAAAGACUUGUUUCACAGCCAAUAUUUGCGUAUGAUAUAACACAGAUCUCUUGCCAUUCACUCCCUCAACCCCCUCCAUCUUUUGUUUCUGUUUUCACGUCUUUCUAGGCUCUGCACAGCAGCCCAUUAACCAGCAUUCUCUGAGGAAUAGCUUCAUAACCAUACAUAAUGGAUGAACAGUUUGCAACCUGCAAAAACCAGUGUCAGUAGAGGAUUGUGCGUCUCUUGAUCAUCUUUUGUAAGCUUUUUGCCUCAAUAGUUCAACAUCAGAUGUUAUGCUGUUACCUGUAGUUGCAUAUCUCUUUGAUCGAGUAAAUAAAUCAAAAUGGUUUGUGCUUGAACAGAGCUUUCUCUCUUUGUGUGUGUGUGUGUGUGUGCGUGUGUGCGUGCGUGCGUGCGUGCGUGCGUGCGUGUGUGUGUGUGGGCUGAGACGAAGGAGCUCAACCAGAUGUGGACGGACCAUUUCUUUCCGCCCACCUCAGCAUAUGGCCACAGUUCCCAGUCAGUCUCUAAUUAAUAGCUGUCACAGCAGCCACAAUCAAUAUGGCCUCAUUAGCCAUGUUUGUGUAACUCUCCCCAUCACGUAAGGUCAAUACACAAUCCCAGAGUUAGAAAUGAAACGGCCUGAGUGGAAAUGAAAGCCACAAAGUAUCGAUUACAAAAAAGCUAACCAUACAUUUGUUUCCCUGCAGAGUGUUAUUUCCGUAAUGCUUUGCUCUUGAUGCAUUUCACCUAUGGAAAAAUCAAUGAAAACUAUAUGCAGUACUUACUUGUGUGGUCACUGCUGUUAAAGUUGUUGUGGGUCUACUAUUGUCAGAUUUGUAAGUAAAUCCAUCAAUUAACAGGGCAGCAGAAGUCAUAUUUAAACAGCAUGGCUUAAACAGAUUGUAUUUCAGGUUUGAACAUGGUGCAGUGAUUUGUAUGUACAUUAAAUAGACAUCGGUCUUGUUAUUGGCAGCAAAAUCAGCAGGCAGAUAGUAAUCUAAAAAGUAUUAACCAGGCUUUGAGACAAGGUGUUCAAUUUUUGUCGACUUUAAAGACUGUGAAGCAGAAAGGAUAAGGGAGAAAUGAGCAGAAUGGAAGUGAAGCUGUUAUCACAAGGAAAGAAAUUGGGAUUUUUUUUCUUUACAAACUGUGGUUUAUUUAUCAAAAUAAAUAAAUAGAAAAUAAACAUUUUCUCUCAUUUAUCCCAAAGAUUUUUUACCUUUAAAUCUGAUUCAUUUUAUUAAAAAUAAGAAUACACUUCAUUUGUACUGGCCUUUACAUCCAAGGAUCUCAAAGGGCUACACGUUGAAAAGAAAGAAAAUCACAACUAAGGGAUAUAAAACAGGAUAUUGGUUAUAACAAGAUAAACAACUCAUUUAAGGACAAAUAAAAACAUGAUAAUUAGUUUUAAGAGAAGAUAAAAGGUUUAGGAAAAGAAUCUAAGUGGGGGAACUAAAAGUCCUGCUAAAAAGAAAUGUCCUAAGUCCUUUAAAAAAAAAAAAAAAACAGUCCAUGGAUUGUGGUGCCCUCAAGGUGUCAGAGAGGGCGAUGAAGGCCCUAAUUCCCAUGGUCCUAAGUCUAGUUCUGGGGGUGGAGAGGAGGUUUGAGUGAGUGGAGCGGAGGGAUCGUGUUGUUUUUUUCGGGUUCAGAGGUUCUAUGAGGUGGAUGGAGGCAUGUCCAUGGAUGCACUGGUGUGUGAGGAGGGAAACCUUGUACUCAACCCUGGUGGAAAUGGUAAGUCAGUGGAGUGUGACUGCUGAUGAGAGAGGAAUAUUAUUUGUUUCCUGCCUUUAUUUCUUUAACAUAAAAAUUACUCUGGAGUGCGUCUCAUGCUGACGGGCAGCAAACCUGAGCACUCUUUUUCCAUCUCAGCGUGAACACGGGGAACAGACAGAUGGCAAACAUCACAAGAACUCAAGGCUUAGUUGCUCUUUAUUCUACUUAACAGUAACUUAAAUAACUUAAAACAAACAUCAGAUUUAAAAAAUGAAUGGAUCAACUUGCAGAGACCCGUGGAUGCCUUUGUUUUCACAGUGCAAACAAAGUCAAUGUAGUUAGAGUAGAAAUAGGUAUUAGCUGUGCUUAAUACAAGCGUCUUACAUUUAAGUAAGAGGUAAUGUGAAAUGCUACCCAGACCUGAUGAUCCAACCACCCAGUCCCCACUUUGUCCCACCUGUUACCAACUAUGCUAUCAAGUCCAGCCUGUGUGAAUGAAGAGUGAAGUAAAAAAUGAAUUUGUUCUUCUAUUUUGGCAGCUGGUUGUUUUUCCAAAGCAGUGAAAUUCUUAUUAGCUUAUUUGUGCAUCUGUGAGCAACUUUUGAUUUGGGUUGAUUUUGGCACCCCCUGUGGACAUAGUUAUACCUUUCAUUUUAUGUUUGAUUUUUAUGUUUGAAAGUGGCGUUUUCACUCAAAAAUCUCAUCCUGCUGUCUUUAAAGUGUAAAAUUUAUACGUUAUGGAGAGUUGUUAGGAGGGAUGUGGGAGAAUACUUGAGUGAUGGAGUACUUAUUGUUACUGUCAUUACUUGGUACUCACACAUGUGUUGUUCUCCGCUAAAGCAUCACAACUCAGUUAGCUUACAGGUACAUGAACCAUCACUAGUAUUUACUUCGUGAAUAGUUUUAGAGAACUGUUUGUUUGGCCCGAUGUCAAUCAUGUGAUCAGACACGUAUGUCCUCACAGCAGUUUUGUAAUAAAGAUUUACAACAGGGAAUUCAUCAGCCUUGUUGCCGAUGGUCUAUUUUGCUUUUGAAGGUCAGAAAGAGGGAACAGUUUCAGUUUCAGCCUGUUAAUCAACCAGUAAAAAAAAACUUUUUACCAUGACUUGAACGUUUUCAUUUAUGGCCAUGUUUUAACGUAAGCUUGGCUUGACUGUAAAAAAAUCACAUUGCACUGAACAUCUUCAUCAAAGUAAAAACCUCAAUGAUUUUUUGUUGGCAUCUUGACAGAUGCAGAAAGUAUAGUAUAGGCUCCUCUACCCCUCAGUUUUCUCUCUGAAUUUUCUGUUUACUCAUUAUACAUUACCACAAACUGUGUGGUAGCUUCAUUUGUUGUCUUCAAUUUGAUUGACGUCUAUUUCAUUUAAUUACUUGGGUAUUUAAACAUCUGCUGUCAUCUGACUUUCUGUGCUGCUUUCCUUGUUGUCUUCUUUUUACGGUGUUAAAUGGUCAAAAAUGUGUCCUAUGUUGUUCACUGCUGCUGUUGAACAUCUUUGCCACAGCGUCAACAGGCAAAUAAGAAAUCUGUCAGACUCAUUUUCACUGAUUGAUUUGAUAUGAUGUUUCUGAUAAGGCUGUCCCUGGCUGGUUAUCAUGGGAUCUAACAACCAAAAAAAAUAAAAAAUAAAAUAAAAAUCAAGAGUUGGAGCAGAAAGAUUACAACUGUUCAAUUCAUAUUACCAGGUGAUCAGAAACUGCAGAUGUGUUAUGAGGUAACUGCCUAUUUAUUUACCUCAUCUUUGAAUGAGGACAAUUUGUCCCAUAGUGUCUUUAUUGGCCCAAACUAUUGAGUUAUGUAAGCUCAUCAGCGGUUAAAUUCUCAAAAAUAGUACCGAGGAUAUUUCUGGGAGGAGACAUUCUCUGAAAUAAUAAAGAAAAUAUGACUCUGGUGUCCACACUUAGCAGCUACAGUUCUGGUGACGACAACAGAGAAAUAAACUUCAGGGUUUUUUUUCUCCCUAUAAUAUUAAGGGCUGCCUCAUGAAAAGAAAUCAGAUUACAGAAUGACACAAAGAGGCCUUCUGAAAGCUUGGUUUUUGCAUCAUCUCUGGUGUCCAUGGCAGAAAAUGGAGAGAUGAUCCAUUUAGAGACAGAUAAGAGCAGCAAAAAACACAUAAUCUCUGAAAAUAAACUUCACAUCUUCUGCUUUCAAGUUAGUUUUUCAUGAGGCUGAGUGUGUGAUCAAAGAGCUGAGUGACUGUCCUGCUACUUUCUGUGUCACUAUAAAGUUGGGUCAGAAAAAUCCCAGAGGACAGCAGAGCGCUGAGUGCAAAGAGAAUAAAAAAGUAGGGGAGGGAUAGAGAGACUUAUGCCAAUAAUGAGGAUUGGAACUGAGAGGGGCAGAGAGUGUAAGCAAGAGGAGUCCAUCACUGUCAAAGCUGAGUGCAGAAAUCAUUAAUAGCUGCAAAGUAGGGCCGCCUAAAAGUCUGUUAUUCUUCACUAAUGUCCUCCAAUUGGACAAAUGCCAUUUUUGAUCCAGGCAGGCUGUAUUUAUCAGCUGGGAAAUUAGAGAGAAAAUCUGUAGAAAGUGUGGACUUUUUCUAAAUGCUCACUGUUGCUGUUCUUGACUACAAAAAUCCUUUACUGUUAAUUACUGUGCACCCAUUAAGAAGCAAUUUGAUUAAUGAUGAACACUCUGAGCUCACUGUGUAUUUUUGAGCUCAUUUGUCAGGAUCUACUUUAUAAACGAACUGAAGACUAACCCAUUCCCUCACUUUCCUAUUAUCCCUUUACUUCAGUGAGCUUACACUGAAAGACAAUUAUAUUAACUGUUGUCGUAUCAUAUCUCUUGAUUUCUAAGGUUAAUAAACUGAGCACUUGAUAUGAAUGGUACUUGUAAAUAAUCCCUGUUACGGAAUUCUAUGAUAGCUUUUGAGUUACUUGGUUUCAACCAUAGACUGUAUAUUGAAUGGACAGAGUCUGCCUCCUCGCUGGGUGAAGCCACUCUGAGAACAGCACCCUCUGUUGAUGGGCUGCAGUAUAGGUCAUAAUUCCCGCCUCCCCCAGCAAAGCUUAUGGGGCUGUGGACAAACUUUAGAAAUUUAUUACACAGAACAUGAAUUUUUCUCCCCCCUGCUUGUGAUGUUGACAUGUAGUUACUGUCAGACUGGUUUGUGCUCAAGUCCUCUUUUUUUCUGUGAAGCUCCGUUUUUAAAAAGUUAUUAGGGGGUUCAUGUUUUCGAUGAUUGACACCUGAUACUGCCUAUAGGCGUUGAGGGAUUGCGUAGCUCUCCCGGGGGAUACGCUGUUUGAGCCGAGCGUCAUAACAGCGACUCUCGGCAAUCGCUACUGUGCAGCGCUGGUUUCAGGAAAUGAAGAAAAAUCCUGGAAAUACUGAGAGCUAUUUGGCUUCAAAUCCAUAUACAGGCGUUAGGCGGAACCAAGUUGUCCAUAGUAUAUACAGUCUAUGGUUUCAACAUAGGAGACUGAUUUGAAUGGGAGUUGCUUGUGCUGCCAUUUUGGCGCAGGACUCCACAGCAAAGGUACUCUUGUACCCUGUGUAGAUUUCUGGACAAACUAAGCAUAUUAAAACAAUGAGACUGACACAUUUUGUACAUGCUUCAUAAAAUCAUGAUCAAAUUACUUUCAGUCUAAUUCCUCUAAUAGUUUUCUGCCAUCUCCCUCUUCAUCGUAAUCUUGUGUUGCUAGACCCAUCAGCUGGCUCAUAUUCAUUUUAGCUAGCAUGUAGGUCUGGAACUGCUGUCCUUCUAGAUGCUUUCCCAUCAUGGCAGAUGUACUGACCCAAUCAUGGUUUUUAAUUUAAGAUUACAACACAGGAACAUCGUUCUUGCAUAAUUCUUAACAACCAAGAUGACAGUAUCUGGAGCCACUGGAGGGUCUGCUGGAUCCCUAUGGUGGUGGUUUCAAAUUAACUGAAUGAUGCAUUUUCAUUAAAACAAUGUCAAACAUCUGCAAACACACAGUGUUUAUUGAUGAGAAAAGUACCUUUCUUUACUCUGCAUGCUGCUGUCUGUUUAUAUGUCUAUCACCAUACCCUGUGUGAGAUGCUACGAUAAUUUAAUUGGUUCUGUCUCGUUCUGUAUAAUCACCUCUGAGGGCAUUUUUGUUCAAGACACUAGCUUCCUUAGUGUGUGCUGUACAAAGUCGCACCUCUGCUUGGACUUAAAGAGUUUCAUAUUUGAACUUGCAGUUAGGAAUCAAUUUGGAUCAUUUGAAUCACGUAGCACUACACAUGCAUGGUUCGACCCCUGUUAGUAUACACUCAGUUGAAUGUUUACCUCUGGGGUCCCAGCUUUUACCAAGCAAUCCUAUAUAUAGUGUCUAUGGGCUCACAGGCAUGAAAUAUAUUCUUUGUGCCCUUUUCGCAAACUUUAACAGUCAGAAAAAUCAUUUUUAUAUUUUAAACUGCUCAGUUUAGGAUUAAUCCACCUCCAUUGGUGCAUGCUUAGUCAAAAGUUCGCUUUGCUUGAAACAAUAAUAUCCAAUACAAAAAGUCUUCUUGAUAAAGUUUGUGAACAAGACAUGACAAUGACAACUUUUGCUGGUGAGAUCGCUCAAUUCUGAGAACAGCUGUGAUCUACACUCGCUGGCAACUUGAUUAGGUACAUCUGUUCAGUUGCUGGAAUUUAAUGCAUUCAGGCAUGUAGAUGUGGUCAAGACGACUUGCUAAAGUUCAAGCUGAGCAUCAGAACGGGGAAGAACAUGGCAUGGUUGUUGGUGCCAGAUGAGUUGGUCUGAGUAUUUCAGAAACCGCUAAUCUACUGGGUUUUUCACUCACAACCAUCUCUGGGGUUAACAGAGAAAAGUCUGAAAAAAGAGGAAAUAUCCAUUGUGCGGCAGUUGUGUGGAUGAAAAUGACUUGUUAACGUUGGAGGUCAGAGGAAAAUGGGCAGACUAGUUUGAAAUAAUAGAGAGAAAACAAUAAGUCAAGUAACGACAGGUAACACAGUAACUCAAGUAACACCUUGUUGAAAGUAUGACAUCAAGAAUUAAGGCAGUUCUAAAGGCAAAAGCUGGUCCAACCCAGUACUAGUAAGAUGUACCUAAUAAAGUGGCCGGUGAGUGUAAGUGAGGUCUAACUGUGCUUACAGAGCUCAGCUGUGUCUGCAGCCAGGUCUUUCUCCUUUUGUACGGCACUGUUGCAAAUACACCCCAGAAAAAUCUGUCACCAGAGACCACAAGGGGGGUGACAACACAAUGAACUGAGACCGAAAGGCUGAGACAAGGAGAGUAAAUACAUCAGGAAACGAGCAACAGGUGUGAACACAAGACACAUGCAAAACUAAUGGGAGGCACAGAACAUGCAGGGAGCAAGACCUAUAAAACAAAACAGUACUAAGUACUAUGACUAAACACAAGUGAAAACACACUCAAGAAUUACAUAACAUGAGUACUGACCCAAAAAGAACCCAGGGAAUUAUCAGUGAAAAACAAGGAAAACUAAAAUCCAAAGUAAAACACAAGCACUAUGACAAAACGUGAAAUACAAGGUAAGUAAACAACACAACAAAACAGGAAGCACUGCAACUAAACUGACAGCAGAGACAUACUGUACACACAAGUAGUUCAGGGGCACAAAUAUGCAGAAAAAAAAACUUAAAUUUAAAAACAAAAAAAAACAAAAAAAACUGCUCAUGACAGCUAGAGACCAGAGCUGACUGUAAUUGUCGUUGUUGUGUGUUAUACUCUGAUAACAUCAUUGUCUAAGACAGACAUCAAAACCAUCACUAAGUUAUAUUUUAAAGUUGGUCAAAUGAGUGUGCAAAACAUGAGAGGAAAACAGAUGGACUCUGUAUUGUCCUAAAUAUGGACCAGUGGUGUACUUACUAUGGGGGCUGCUGCCCACUCUUUUUUUCAUGUGUAACAAUAUGCAGCUGAAUUGCCCUCUUGGAAGCCCCUGUAGCAGAGAAAACCUGACAAAAGACCCUCUGUGGUUGCUCUUGCAGAGGAUGAAAUCUAAUAAAAGACCCGCUCAGCUGCCAGCCCAAUGGAUGAAAUGUGUACAAGUGUCCUAUUGAGGUUUUCAAGUUAAGUUCAGUACUUAGUAGUUUUAUGUGUUUGAUCAGUAAGCAGAAUUCGACAUUUGAUAAUGUGUGCAAAUUACACAGAAAAUAAUAUUUUCCAAAGAUCAUAUGAAAUGCAGAUCAGGUCUUGGUCAAGAUUGAGCUUCAUGCAAGAAGUUGCAUUAAUUGCUGAGACAAUAAUGCAAUAAUAACUACAUGUGUUUUCCUCUCAUGUUAUCAAAUUAAUCCUUAAACUGCUGCAUAAAUCAUCACCAGAAUGCAGAAAAAAUCUGUGUGAGGUGUUUCAAAGGUCCUUGAUAAACCUUUCAGAUUAGGUUAAGAGACUCAGUACUGAAGAGAUUCAGUGCUCUUCAAAAUUCCUCUAAAGACAAAUCUCUACUGAUAACUUUCUGUGCACUGGUGCCCUGCCAUAUACAGCUGGUCCUGUUUCGAUUUUGCCUCCAACUGUUUUCACUGUUUGGCCCACAGUGAUAACUUAACUUUCACAUUGAACAAAAAGGAGAUAAACCUUGUGCAGGUUAAUGAAUUUGUUAUCAUCACCACGAGAUGAUCAUGCAUCCAAACACUAUGCUUGACUGCUGAUGACGAAUAAUUUCUUCUGUUUUUUCAUACCGUGCAUCCUCAGUCAGCAAACAAACUAAUAACAUGAAGAGAAUCUCAUGUUAUAGUUUGUAUGACUUUCUGGAUGCUCUCCAGGUAGCCAUCAGGAUACAUAAAUUAAAACAAUUUAAUAAAGCAAAGGGAGAAUUAUUUUGGAUUCAUGAGAUGUGGCUUGUUUGAGGACUGUUGAGUAAAACAUGCAGAAAACCACAAACCCAGAAAAACUAUCACUAAUGUGCACUCCUAAAUAUCUUGACAUCAAUUCUGAGUCAUCAAAAAAGAGCAGUCAAGAGAGGGAAUAUCUCCUGAUGAAGAAUAUUCAUGACAAGCAUCAGGUUUGAAAACAGUGAUUGUAUUGAAAAUAUCUGGCAUAUCAGAUUUAGAGGGUGAAUGAGUUUGUGUCCUGUAACAGACAUGACUCUCUGACACCGUGUUGUGUCAUCUGAGAACUUUCUCAUUUUCAGCUGGUCUGGAAUCAGCUGGGCGCUUUGAUGCACGGUAACAAUCACCGAUAACAAAUGCUUUUCAAAUCAUUUAUUGAUGAAGAACUUCUGUUCUGUGGAUAACCAGGUUGAUGCCUCUAAAUCUGUAUAAAUUAACAGAUUAAACCCUCAGCACUGUUCUCUUGUUCUUGACUGAAAGUGAAUCUGUGUCCAACAGGCCAGAUUUUCCUACCUACACAUGAAGUACCUGUUCUUCUCCUGGCUGGCAGUGUUUGUGGGGAGUUGGAUAGUCUAUGUGGAGUACUCAGCCUACACAGAGCUGUGUCGUGGACAUGACUGCAAAAAUUCAAUAGUGAGUAUGGUCUCCCUGUCUUACAUCCCUGUAUGCCUGUUGCCUUUGUAAAAUCUGUAAAUAUUUGAAUUGAUUUUUCAGUGCAACAAAUACAAAAAAGGUGUCAUUGAUGGCUCCGCCUGCAGCAGCCUGUGUGAGAAAGACACGCUUUACUUAGGGAAGUGUUACACUGCCAAGGCCAACAGCCAGGUCAGUCUUUAAGUCCAACACCCCCCUUCACUCUACUGCUUGUUAAUCCAACUGCCCCUCAGGCUCAUCCUGUUUAUUUUAGGUGUACUCAGGGAUCUGGGGAGACCUGGAGGGAGUCAUUAAGUGCCAGAUGGAGGAAGCUCCUCAGUAUGAUUUGGGGAGUGAGAUGGAGCCCAGGAAGGAGGCUACAGCCUUCAACAAGCCCACGGAGGGGACAUCUGUGGAGAAGUUCAGGGAGAUGAUCCUCAACCACUUAAAGGUCAGGAAGCACUCAAACAGCAGGUACACUCAGGGAUGGACUGAAUUAGAUUCGGCUGAUUAUUUCUGGCCCAUUUUGCCCAUAAUAAUCCCUAAAUACCAAAGCAAAUACUUUCAAGUCCCAGCUGUGCUGGGAUUAUCACACUAUUAUUAUGUAAAGACCCUAAAGCAAAUGCAGACUUAAUACAGUACUUUCAAUUAUUUACACAAGCACAGCUAGAAAACUUUCAUGAUUAGUUACAUAUGUAAUAUUCAGUUUUUACAUGCACACACUGCCCCCUGCUGUAUUUGGUUGUGUAGUGAAUGGCAUAAGAUUAGACUGUAUUCACUGCACUGUAGUUGUUCAAAAUCAAAUAUAUUCCAAUAUUAUACUGGUGUGUGAUCCACUUUAAGUUCUUCAGUGGAUAUAACUCUUGAAUAUACAGUACUGUCUAUACAUAUUGUUCAAAUUUCUGAGCAGGAAUGGGAUACCUUUAGUUUUAAAAAUGCAAGAAGUUGCAAGUUAGUUUUUUGGACUGUGAUCAAUUAAGGGUACAGAAGAUUCUAAAGCUCCUAUGAGGAGUUUUGUUAUAUAUUGAUGAAAUAGACUGAAAUUCGUACUGAUGUCUUUUAAUGACAUCUAAAAGCAAACAAGAUCAUCAUCAGUCAAACUGACCAUGUUUACAUCCUUAUUUGUAACGCCUGAAACACUAAUGGAAAGUUCCUUACAGGAGCUUUAGGUUAACAUUCCAACUUUCAUAUCAUGUAGUAUCACUGCAUACAAUAUAUACAACCUGUAUGUUCAUGUACUGUAAUUUUUGGACUGAAGUGGACUGACAGUAGGUUUGAUGUCUAUGAGGUUUUUCUCUUGAGUGUGCAGCUGUAUUUAAAUGGGGUAUGAUACAGUUUCUGAAAGUAUUGUCUGAAGAGUGUCUACUCCUCCUGCUUCUAGACUUAUGUUGAGCUUUCAUUUUGUGACAGUACUUUGGAGAGGCUUUAAUUUCAAUGUUUGGUGGAGUCCCUAGAGUUCUAUUUGAUUUCAACUGAGCAAUUUGUAUGCAGAAGUCUUUUCUGUCUUGGUGAAAUCUUUUUUUUCUUGCACCAAUAAAGACUAAAGACUGUGAACCUAUUGCACACCUGAGGUUUGCAAAAGGUUUGUAUGAUUCCAAACUUGGGCUUCGAUAAUAUUUUAAGUGACAGCCUUGUUUUAACAUUAAAUUUUCUCUCUCUCUUUUACAGGCUAAAGUGGGAGAUCAGGCAAACCUCGCAGACUUGGCAACACAAGUCUUGUCUAUAACAGACGCCAACAAGGACGGUCACAUCUCACUGCCUGAGGCUCGCUCCACGUGGGCUCUGCUGCAGCUGAAUGAGUUCCUACUAGCUUUAGUUUUACAAGACAGAGAGCACACACCCAAGCUACUGGGCUUCUGUGGAGACCUGUAUGUGAUGGAAAAGGUGCCAUAUUCUCCUCUGUAUGGGAUCAGCCUUCCCUGGAUUAUGGAGGUCUGGAUUCCAGCUGGUCUGCGCCGCAGCAUGGACCAGUGGUUCACCCCCUCCUGGCCGCACAAGGCCAAGAUCUCCAUCGGACUGCUGGAGCUGGUGGAGGACAUUUUCCACGGCACAUUUGGCAGUUUCCUCAUGUGUGAUGUGAGUGCCAACAGCUUUGGUUACAAUGAUCGGCAUGACCUGAAGGUGAUGGACGCACGCUAUAUUGUUCCUGAAGCUACCUUCCAAGAAAUCAUCCGGCAGCAGCGCUGUGAUGUGGAUGAGAACUGUCUCUAUGGAGCAGACUGCCUCACUUCUUGUGACCUCACCAAGCACCGGUGUACACCUGAGGUCACAAGGCCGAACUUAGCCAAAGCCUGUGAAGCCCUCAAGGACUAUAUUCUGAGAGGAGCCCCGUAUGAUGUGAGGGAGGAGCUGGAGAAGCAGCUGUAUGCUUGCAUUGCACUGAAAGGCUCAACAGAGCAGAUGGAAAUCGAGCACUCGCUAAUUCUGAACAAUCUCAAGACCCUGCUGUGGAAGAAAAUCUCUCACACUAAAGACUCAUAGUAAUUAAGCAAGUAUUGCACAAAGGCACAAGACCGAUUCCUGUCUCUGGAAGGUUUUUAACUUAAAAUGAUUCUUUUUACUGUGGAAGCAGAAGAAUAGUUUUCAUCGUAGUUAUCUCCUCAUGUACGACUGAAGCUUUUUAACCUGCAGGAAUGUCACUUUUAUUUCAUCAUUAUUCUUCUGUUUGUUUACAUACUGAAACUGAAGGAAAAGGAGCAAGUGCAAUUUUUGAGACCAUGACCAAGAUAAAACAGUAUUGGACUUGAAAACUACAACAGCUAACUUUUUACGUUAAAAGUGUUUAAAUCCUUUGCAUUGCACUAUCUUCUCAAUCACAACCUCAGCUCCUUUAGAGUCAGUAUACUGUGUAAAACAAUUGGUUUGCAAAACAUUUAAAGCCUGAAUUUGAUUGAAAUAGUGCAAAUGCAGCAGACCAAGUGUUUUUAAAAUUGAAACAUGCUAUUGUUUUAUGAAAACAUAUGCUCAAAUUAAAUGUGAUGCCUGCAACUCAUUUAAAGAAAAGCUGUGACAGGAGUAUGCAUCACCUCUUCUCCUAAAAACCCUUUACUGUUUGGAUGCUGCAACCAGUUUCUAGAGUGAAAUAUCCCAUUCUUCCCUGAUAAAAGGUAUUAAGGGGUCUUUUCUGUCAUGCUAUUCAUUCCGUUAUGCACCAGUGCACGUUAGUUAGUGCAUGUUAUCUCAGGUGGGUGACUUUUUUUUUUUUUGCUGGCAUCACAUACUAGUUUCAUUGUCAUUGUACCAGCUAUCCUGUAGUUUUUUUGUUUUCAGUUUAGACAUUUGAUCAAUUUCAUUUGCAGAAUUUUAAAUAGAUUGAAUUAUUUGCAAACAUCCAAAUCUGUCAACGUUUUACACAGCAUCCCAACCCUUGUGAUCUCUGAAAUAUAUGUACAAGGUACUUUAUGGAUGUCAAAUUUCUUAUAUUGCACAAACAGAUAUUAACUCUGAUGUGGUUGUGCCAUUAUACUGGAAAAUUCAGCCGUUUUGAACUGCAUAGCAUGUGACCAUUACUUCUUUUAUAGCAUUACAUGUUAAAAGUUGCUCGACUUGCACUAAAAAGACAAGUUCGUUUUUUUCUGUGCAAGAGUUUGCUGAAAACUCGGGUUGAUUGAAAUGCUGACUUUCUUGGCAAGUCUAAAUAAAGCAACAAAGUCACAAAACUACUAAAAGUAACACCCCAAAAGAUCAGAAGGGCCUUUACAGGAGGACAUGAGACUUUUUAAGUGCAGCGUAACAAAGCACACAGGAGCAAUGAAUUCUUUUUGAUAGAUUUAUUAGAACAAAGUAUUUUGCACUUGGAACGGAGUCGAUCAACACCUCAAUCUGAAGCCUCCUGUUCCUGAGCCCGGAGGAAGCUGGCCUUCUUCUGAGCGACACGGUCUUUCCUCUGGGCAAGAGAGAGUUUAGCGCGGUUCCACCUGAGCCACAAAAUAAAGCAUGGUUACCAUUUGAAACUAACAAGGACAGGUGCUUCCACAUCAGUAGAAUAAAGUCUGAUUUCUGGCCCUAAAACAAACAUUUCUGUGGUUUUGAUAAAAAAAAAAAAUCCUCCUUACCUCUUCUUCUUGACUUCUUUGGGAGGCUUCUUUUCAUGGACAGGGUUCUCACGAAUGGAAGCAUGAGCCUUCAGAUACAUUCCCUCAAUCUGGAAAUAAAAGAGCAUAUCCAAUUA